AUGAAGCUGCUUACACUUUCAACCGCAGCGGCCGUUGGUCUGUCCUCAAUCGUCCAGGGAGGCUCGGUGGUGCACGAAAGGAGAGACCAAGUCCCUGCCGAAUGGACAAAAAUCAGUCGUGCAGUUCCUGAUGCAGCGAUUGAGCUCCGUAUCGGCCUUAAGCAGAGCAAUCUUGAGCACGCCGAAGAUCUCGCUAAUCAGAUUUCUCAUCCCAUGUCUGAGAAAUAUGGCAAAUUCCUUACUGCACAACAGGUCAUAGACCUAUUCGCCGCGCCACAAGAGGUCAUAUCUGAGACUGUACAAUGGCUACGUCAAGGUGGCAUCAAUAGCAAGCACAUUAAGCCAACUGCAGGUCGAAACUGGCUCAAAUUUAACACGACAGUAGCCGUUGCCGAGAAGCUAUUAGACACAACUUACUACACUUACAGGAAUGAGGAACAAGGGGUCGAAGUGGUUGCCUGCGAAUCAUAUAGCGUUCCGGAGGAUAUCCAGCCCAAUAUUGACUUGAUUAUGCCGACGAUUCAAUUUGAGACUAGAGGCCGCCCAGCAAGCAGCCGUGGAAUUAACCGUCGAGAUACCUUUAAACCCAAGUUUCGAAAGCUUGAGUCUAUCCCGCAUCCCAGCUCUCUCGCCAACUGUAGCCAAAUAACUACUCCUGCUUGUUUACGAGCGCUAUAUGGCUUACCAGACGCCGGCGAGGCUGUUGAAGGCAAUAGCUAUGGGAUUGUGGAAUUUGCUCCCCAGAGCUUUAAUCAAGAUGACUUAAAUGCCUUCUACGCCAAAUAUGCCUCCAAUGUUCCCAAUAAUACCGGCCCCAUCAUUGAUGGCAUCGAUGGUGGCUACUUUUCAAAUGAUUCUUCAGCAGAUACUCGUGGAGAGUCAAACCUCGACCUUUGCUACGCAAUUGGCCUUGUUCACCCCCAGCCAGUUACGCUCUACCAAGUUGGUGAUAAUGAUCCUGCCAACCCAGCGACCAACAACAACUUCCUCGACGCUAUCGAUGGCUCCUAUUGCACAUAUCAAGGUGGUGACGAUCCUGACUGGGAUGGAAUUUACCCUCAUGACGGCGAGGUAUCUGGUGAAUACCUCGGCCAGCCUGAUUGCGGAACCUAUAAUGCCACCAAAGUCUUUUCCGUCUCUUAUGGAAGCAAUGAGGGCGACCGUCCAAUCUCCUACAGAACUCGCGAAUGCAAUGAGUAUAUGAAGCUUGCGCUGAUGGGAGUGACUGUCUUAUUUUCGUCUGGAGAUGACGGCGUGGCAGGCAUCCGCAGCACAUGUCUUCUGCCAAACGGCGCAUUGACACCUCCAGCUGCUGAUUAUGGCCGUUUCAACCCUAUGUGGCCCGGAACUUGUCCUUGGAUUACCUCAGUUGGCGGCAGUGCAUUACCCGAGAAUGGCACCGUCAACGACAAGCAGGUCGCGGCGACUGACUUUGGAUCUGGCGGUGGUUUCAGCAACAUAUUCGCGCUACCCUCCUACCAAACAAAGGCUGUCGCGGAAUACUAUGCCAACCACGACCCCGGAUACAACUCUUCCGUUUACAACAACACGCAACAAGUGCGAGGAUUUCCUGACCUUGCCGUCACAUCUCAUAGCUUCAUCACCGGACUCGCAGGCGACUUGGUGGCCUUUAGUGGUACUUCAGCUGCAAGCCCAUCAUUCGGUGCCAUGAUCACGUUCAUUAACGGCGAGCGAAUUAAGAAUGGCAAGGGAUCAGUUGGCUUCCUUAAUCCUGUGCUGUACAGCCAUCCAGAAGUCUUCGACGAUAUCACGGAGGGAGUAAAUCCUGGAUGUGGUACCGAUGGAUUUCCUGCCGUCGAAGGUUGGGAUCCGAUUACAGGCCUCGGCACUCCAAAUUUUGCAAAGCUGAGGGACCUUUUGCUCAGCUUACCAUAG